AUGUCUCCCAUCUCCCGCACCCUCCACCGCAUCGCAUCCACCACCCCCGUCACAUCCAGGCGCUCCAUCGCCGCCGCCGCGCUGGCCCCACCGGCCGGUUCGCGCGGCCUGUGCCGCAUGAUGCUCCGCACCGCAAACUCGAACAAUGCCGGGCCCGCACCCCCGUCCGCCGCGGACAUGGACACGUUUGACGAGCUGUCCAAGUCGGCCAAGCCGCCCAAGGACGCGUUCGACCUGUGCGAAGACCUCACGUCCGAGGCCGCGCUGGCGGAACUGCGCCGCAAGAGCAAAAAAGUAGCUGGCCCGCCCGUCGAGCAGCAGCACCACCAGCAGGGCAGCAAGCACAACAACUGGAACACGUUCCACGACGUCGACCCGUUCAGCGGCGAGCCAAAGUCUCCCCGUGGAUUCUUCUAG